UUGAUCAUCUGAAAUAGCUCUCUCUGCACUGAAUGAACAGACACGAAGCAAGACUGGGCUGGACCCUGGGAGUAUCUUGACUCUGGGAGGAGCAGCCUGGCUGUCUAACCUGUGAUGCUGGGGGGUAAGGAGAUUUAACACCACUGCAGAUGGCUUACUGCAGCCUGGCACUAGGACUGUGGCUCCUGCUACUUCUCCAGGAUAUCCACACAGCCCCACAGACAUCAUUAACUCCAUCUCAUUCCUGUGAUGCACUUAUGAAUUGGUUCUAUGAUGAAACUUCAAGAAGCUGCUGUUACCAGUGUCCCUCAGGCUAUGUUAAGAAGAAAGCAUGUCCUAGGGACCCAGGUGAAGACUGCAUGAGGUGUGGACCUGAACAGUAUGUGAAUGAAGCAUUUCAAAAGCCAAGAUGUGAUGCUUGUGUAUCAUGCACAAAAGAGCCUGACCUUGUGGAGAAAGAGCCCUGCUCCUUCAAUUCUAGCCGUGUGUGUGAGUGCCGACCAGGCCUGUUCUGCCAGACCCCUGUUCUGAACACCUGCAUAAGAUGCCAGCAGCACACUUUCUGCAAGCCUGGUUUUGGAGUCAAAGUCAGAGGCACCUCAACAAAUGAUGUUACUUGUGAAGAGUGCCCUUCUGGGACCUUCUCUGAUGAAAAUUCCAGCACUGACAUCUGCAAGCCCCACACAAACUGUGCCAAGUUAAACAAAGUCGUGUUAAGCAAAGGAAAUGCAACACACGACCAGGUUUGCCUGGACCAAUCGCCCACCUAUCUUACCCCAAACACAUUGUCCAUGAGGUUCAACAAUGAAACAAAUAACUCUGACCUAAAAAGGUUUGAAGAGAGUCUGGUGACCAUCACUGGUAUCCUUUUAAGUGCCACAGCAACUGAAAACCCCAAUACAACUGCUGAAGAGAAAGCUUCAGCUGCCACCUUUCCCACCUCAGUCAAGGGGGAGACAACAAUGGAAGGUCUAGUUCUCUGGGGAGUGGUUCUCUCUGUGAUGGUGCUACUUUUGGGUAUGCUGUCAUUUUGGAAAUGGAAAAUUUGCAAGCAGCAGAUCUUCAUCCUCAAAGGAAAGCGUCACGAUCUAGUGAACAAACAUACACAGAUCAUACUGACUACUGACGGUGGUCCAGAAGAGAAUAAAUUAAUUGACAGAACUCUCCCUUUGGAAACCAACAGUAACUUGUUCUCCAGGACAGAAAAUGCACAUAGUCUUCCUCUGAGUCUGACUGAUAUGGCACCAAGUAAUGGAAAUGCCCCAGAUUGCCCCACUGAUUCUCGAGUGAGAGACCACACAAAUAAUCGAAUUGAAAAAAUAUACAUCAUGAAAGCUGACACUGUUAUUGUGGGGUCCAUUUCAGAAGUGCCUAGUGGCAAGAACUGUACGGCUAGAGAAUGUGAAAGUAAUGUUUAUGGCCAGGAAAACAUGGAAGAGGAACUAGCAAUGCACUAUCCAGAGCAGGAAACAGAGUCUUUUCCAUGGAAUGAUGUCAUGGUUCCUGUGGAAGAGGAGGGAAAGGAAUUUCAUCACCCCACCACUGCCACUGAGAAGUGAUAGAUAACCCACUGAGAAGAUGUGUGAAGUUACAGUGCGACACUAAGCCUGAAUCUAGAAGGGAGGUAAACACAUAGCGCCUUAGAUUACCUGAAAACCCAUAUAAUGCACUGCAAUACAUUCACAUGAGGAGUGCUAGAACCUACUUCAUCAAACAAACUAAGGGAUCAUCCAAGCUGUUGGUCUUCAUAUCUGACAUCAAGUAUUUCUCUUUCCCUCUCUCCCAGUAUCACACUGGAAACAAAUAUGGAUCAAAGCUACAAAAUUCGGAAGACAUCUGGAUGCCAACUCAAGUUUCACAGCUUGUUUUCUCUGCAUGAAGGAAUGGAUUGAAAUCUAUAUCUGAUUAGUUCUAUUAGCUAUGGAAAUUCUAGCCAGAAUUCUGAGUUAAGCUUGAGAUUCGGACAUGUUUCAUGUGUUGUUUCUAUUCCAGUAUGGUCAGUACUUUUAAUUUUGGCUUGUAUUUUGCAACAUCUGUUAUUUUUCUUAAAGUCUCAAAUCUUGACUGAAAGUAAUGACAAUUUCAGUUUUCCCUAACAGUUUUCCCACAAACAGAACUCUUAAGUUUGUGGACUUUAUGUUUCUUGAGGAAAUAGGAUCAAAAGAUGCCACGCAGACCUAGAAAACAGAAGGCAAAUAAGCCUUUAGGCCACUCUUUCUUGGCCUUGUGUUCUGAGUCAUGUCUUUUAAUUACUUCACAUCAUCAAUUAAGUGUACAAAAUGGCCUCCUUGGAUGGAAGCCAAACUGGCUGAACAUUUGGAUGUUGGAUGAACUGUGGAUUUGGGCCAGUGUGGAGGCUAUAAAAAGGGAAAUGAAGAAAAUAAAACUAUUUUUCUACAAAAAAA